GCGCUGUGGGAGGAGGAGGAAGAGGAGGAAGGAGGAGCCGCCGCCGCCGCCGCCGCUCCCCCGGGCCGGCGCCGGGGAUGGUGUUGGCCGCGGCUGCCGGGCCCUGACGCCGCGCUCAGGUGGGAAGCAGCAGUAAUGCUAACUCUGGCAAGCAAGCUGAAGCGGGAUGAUGGCGUCAGAGGCCCCCGUGCGUCCAACCCAGCGUCUGACUCCACGCGCAGGGUGUCUGUGCGGGACAAACUACUCGUUAAAGAGGUUGCAGACCUUGAAGCUAAUUUACCUUGUACAUGUAAAGUGAAUUUUCCUGACCCAAACAAGCUCCAUUACUUUCAGCUAACUGUAACCCCAGAUGAGGGCUAUUACCAAGGGGGAAAGUUUCAGUUUGAAACUGAAGUUCCUGAUGCCUACAAUAUGGUGCCUCCAAAGGUAAAAUGUUUGACAAGAAUCUGGCACCCAAACAUUACAGAGACAGGAGAAAUCUGCCUAAGUUUGUUGAGAGAACACUCAAUUGAUGGCACUGGCUGGGCCCCAACUAGAACCUUAAAGGAUAUUGUCUGGGGGUUAAACUCUUUAUUUACUGAUCUUUUGAAUUUUGACGAUCCUUUGAAUAUUGAGGCUGCAGAGCAUCAUUUGCGUGACAAGUGCUGUGCUUCCCUCCAGGAGGACUUUCGCAAUAAAGUUGAAGAUUACAUUAAGCGCUACGCGAGAUGAUGAAGGGGGACGGAUGGCAGGACCACGGCUCCAGAGCUGUCCUUCGCUUCAGCAGCAGCCAAACCAGCCCGGGUUGUACCAGUCCUGUGUCCAUGUUGUACUGAAGAAGAAAACUAACUUCAUAACCUGUCCAUGUUCAAAGGAGAGUUCAGCAUAAAUACAGCAAGAAAUUGUGUCUGUUGGUUGAAAAAAGUUGUCUGCUUCCUUUACAAAUGUUUACUCUUCUGAACUGUACUGUAUAUCCUGUUGAUGAGAUAUGCUUGAGAAGUUAAAAGAAGUCACUAUUGAAAUUGUAAUUACACUUUUUUUUUUAAAACACUUGCCUAAUCUGGAGGGAGGGAGAGGAAAAAAAAAAAAACAAAACCCCAAACAACCCAAGCAGAAAAGGUGGCGUGUUUUUGGAACACUUUGAGUUGGCAAUAAAUGGUCUCCUGUGAACCAAAUCACAAAACUGUUGCCUUUGAUGAGCGGAAACAAUAUGAGCUUUUUCUAAGAGUCACUCAGCUGAGGCUUAGAGCUUGCCAGAGUGGAAGUGCCAAAUGAGAUUCUACUUCUGGUAUUGAAGUUCUCGAUGCUGUUUAAUGUAAGUAUGUUUUUGUCACAGUUUGGAAUAUUACAUUGUUAAUUUUAGGCCCUAUUUGGGCUAAAGGUUUUUUGGUUUUUUGUUUCUAUUCAUUGUGUGAAGUAGUUAAAUAUAGGCUAAUAUGUAACUUAAGUACAUGUUUAGUAUUAGUAAAAUUAUACAUAUAUAUAUUAUAUAUAUUAUAUAUUUCUGUGAAAAAAUUAAUGAAAGGGAGAUUUUUUUUAAAAAAAGAAAUCGGCUUUUGGCUUUCCAGUCUGGAUGUGGUGAGGGAGCAUCAGAGGCUGUUUGUUCUGAUGAAGGUAAAUUCAGGCGCUGUUACCUGGAGAGCCCAUAAUUGUGUUCUCCAGAUUCCUGCACUGAAAGGACACAGCUGGAACCACAACACAUUCCCCCCACUUGUGCCCACUUUGGCUCUCUUGAUUUGGGAGGAUGUGAUGCUGCAGUUGCCUCUUCUGUAAGGAGCUGGAUGGCACUAAGAGCCUGCAGAGGAGAGGCUUCAGCCCAUGUGCCAGAGCUCCCUGGGCAUCCUCCAGGAUUGGGAUCACACAGAGGAGCUGAUGAGCCCAGCUGAGCUUUACAAACCAGGAAAUAAAUGUUUGUGUGCUUUCA